UGCUGAAAUGUGUUCAGUUUGGUGAAGGGCUGAGAGAGAGAGAGAGAGAGAGAGAGAGAGAGUAACUAACUGCACAUACAGAGGGAACCCGCUGCGUCCUCAGUUCUUUCACACAUCAUUUCCCUAACAGAUUAAUAGAGAAGAUCUGAAGUGUGAAUUUUCACACCCGGCCGGUAUGUUUACAAGCGAGGGAAAGACAAGACGCUGACCUCCUCUCCCACAAAUAUAUUCCAGCGGCUGUUUCGGACUGUGGUGGCCAAAGUGGAGAUUAGAACAGCCCUCACAAACCUGAGACCCCCUGCACAAAGACCCAUGAGAUUCCAUGAAAAACACCUCAGACAGAUGAGAGAAGUGUGAAAAGUAGAGGACGUGUGUGUAAGUCAGCCCGGGACAGCUCUAUUGAAAUUCAUGAUUUUAUUUUCACCCUGCCCCUUGGUGAUGCUUUAUAAGCCUGAAACUCGGAGCAAGCCAAGGAAUUAGGUCAUGCUAGCCCAUGAAAGAGCUCUUUUUGGACAUUUUAUUCUAGUCUUGUCUGUUUUGAGAAUAUGACCCUGAGGUUGGUGUUACUGGGACAGACUGCUUGCUGAAAGCCAAUUCCACCAUGUCCUGGAAAAGGAACUACUUUGCAUCAGGCAGCAGUGGGCUACAGGGCAUCUUUACCCCACGCACCAUGACCUCCAUUGCUCCCAGCAAAGGGCUCAGCAAUGAGCCAGGACAGAACAGCUGCUUCCUCAACAGUGCUCUGCAGGUCCUCUGGCACCUGGAUAUUUUCCGCAGAAGCUUCCGGCAGCUAACCACACACAAGUGCAUGGAGGACUCUUGCAUCUUCUGUGCUCUCAAGAGCAUCUUUGUGCAGUUUCAGUACAGCUCAGAAAAGGUGUUGCCCUCUGACGCUCUGCGUACGGCUCUGGCCAAGACGUUUCAGGAUGAGCAGCGCUUCCAGCUGGGCAUCAUGGACGACGCUGCUGAGUGCUUUGAGAACAUCCUCAUGCGUAUCCACUUUCACAUCGCUGAUGAGAGCAAGGAGGACAUCUGUACGGCAAAACACUGCAUUCCACACCAGAAGUUUGCUAUGACGCUCUUCGAGCAGUGUGUGUGUGGGAGCUGUGGAGCCUCAUCGGAUCCUCUGCCUUUCAUUCAGAUGGUGCACUACAUCUCCACCACCUCUCUAUGUAACCAGGCCGUAAGGAUGUUGGAGUGCAGGGAGAAGCCAACCCCUGACAUGUUUGGGGAACUGCUUAGAAAUGCUAGCACCGUGGGAGACCUGCGCAACUGUCCGGGUAACUGUGGAGAAAAGCUCCGUAUUCGUCGUGUGCUCAUGAACUCUCCUGAGAUCAUCACCAUUGGCCUGGUGUGGGACUCGGAAAACUCAGACCUCGCUGAGGAUGUCAUCCACAGCCUGGGCACCAUCCUGCGUCUCGGAGACCUCUUCUCCAGGGUGACUGAGGAGAAGGCCAGGAAGGCAGAGCUCUACCUAGUGGGCAUGGUGUGUUACUACGGCAAGCACUACUCCACUUUCUUCUUCCAGACCAAGAUCCGGAAAUGGAUGUAUUUUGAUGAUGCGCAUGUCAAAGAGAUCGGGCCAAAAUGGAGGGAUGUGGUGUCUCGUUGUAUAAAGGGUCAUUACCAGCCACUUCUGCUUCUCUACGCUGACCCACGCGGAACUCCAGUGUCUGUGCAGGACUUGACCUCUCGCUUGGACCUUCACCACUACACCAAAACCUACUACGACAGCGAGGACUCUGGUCGUGAGCCGUCAAUUUCGAGCGACACACGAACAGACUCCUCAACAGACAGCUAUAGCUAUAAACAUUCCUACUCACACCACGAGUCCAUGGCCUCACACUUCUCGUCAGACUCCCAGGGAACCAUUGUUUGCAACCCUGAAAACGGCGCAUCGCGCAGCAGUCUUGAUACUACGGGCCCUCUGACUGACAGUGAGCCUGCUCAGCGUCACACCCCUAGAAAAAGUGGGACCACAGACAGGAAGAGUGGAAUCGUGGAGAGGAAGAGGAGUGCCAGCCGACCCCGCCGAUUUGACGAAAGAAGUCGAGCAUCUAAGACUGACGAGGUGUCUUCUGCAGGAUACCACAGUGAGGGUGAGACACUGAAAGAGCAACAGGUCCCACGGGGCACCCCUAAACCCUGCUCUAGCCGUUUACGGGAUUUUAAAGAGAGCAUGAGCAGCAUCAUCCUGAGCCGGCCGCAAUCCGCUGACAGCACCAGCAGCGAGUCCAGAUCCAGCUCCGGUGGAGGACGAUAUAGGUCAGCCUGGAAACCACGCCGAGACGCUCUUAAUAUCGACAGCAUUUUUGGCAGAGACAGACGCAAGCAGGCCGGCUACGCGCCACUGGGCACCGUAUUACCUGAGGAUCCCAGCCACCAGGGAGCACUGACCGGCUCAAUGGUUAAAAUGGGUUUUGGUGCCAGUUCUGCAUCUAAGACGCUGCCAUCAACUCAAGGCAAGAGGAUGGAACCCCCUCGUCUCAUCCAGAGGAUGGAGAGUGGGUAUGAAAGCAGUGAGAGAAACAGCAACAGUCCUGUGAGCCUGGACAUCCCCAUUAAUGAGGGAGCUGUGAACGGAUCACACGGUGUAAAAGACACAGGUUUGAUAAAGCCUCCUUCCGGCGUCAGCCCCCCGUGGAAGAGUGUACAGAAGUCGAAAAGCAGCAGCUCCCUUCUGCAGGAUGUCAAAGCCUCCAUUAGAGGAACCAGUCAUAUGAGCCCUGCCUCAGAGGCACGAAGUGAGCUGGACGAGCUCCAGGAGGAGGUGGCGCGAAGGGCAAAAGAGGAGGAGCUUCAGAGAAGGCAGGAAAAAGAGAAAGAAGCAGCGAUGGGCUUCAACCCCAAACCCAGCAAGUUCAUGGACCUGGAUGAGCUGCAGAACCAAGGUAAAGGGGACGGCUUUGAGCGGUGUGUGCUGGACGCUGAAGCUUUGUUAGAUCAGUCUCUGAGGUUGGAGCAGGCAGGCGAGGUCGCUGCCGCACUCUCUGUGGUUAACGAAGCCGUGUCUAAACUCAGGCAUGCCAUGCAUGAAGGCAGUGCUAACGGACAGGGCAGGACAGUGGCUGAGGCCCGACUGCAAAAGUGUAUGAGGAGGGCGCGAGGCCAGCAGCAGCGCUUGCAGCAGCAGGAGAAGCAGCAACAGCAACAGCAGCAGCAAGAGGAGAAGGAGGAGGAGAGGGAGGAAGAGCAGAAGCAAAAACUGCCUUUCAGUGAGCAGCCUGUCAAGAUCCAAAUACUUCUGACAGAAGCUCAAGAGGAGGUUGUGGAUGCGGUCUCAGAAUCCUUAGGCCCACCAUUAUCAUCCCCCAUAAAGCCCCAUUCCCCAGCUCCACCCACUCCUGAUCUUUCCCACUCCUACUUCAGAGAGAGCCCUGAACGCCCUUCAUCCAACGAUAACCUGCAGCGUGUACACUCUCACUCAGACUCACUGGAUCGUUCCUCUUCUCCUGCCCGUUCAACCUGUAAACCCAAUGCCAGCCCUGUGCCUGUGUUCACAGUAAACGGUGCCCCCCACAUGCCUUCACAAGUCAGAGACAAUCCCGAAGCUCACACACAUGGGCACAGUCAUCACCCACCUGUGUCCCGGAGUUUCAGCGUCCCUCGCUCUUCCUCUUCCUCUGACCACUACAACUUAGAGGAGAAGCCACAGAUGCUUUACUCGUAUCAGUCACCCCUCUUUAACCAUCUCCCACCGCAGUACCCUGAUAUCACUCCACCUGCACAGAAUUCUAUACCAUCUUCUUCUUCAUCCGCCUGCCACAUACCACGCUCCAACUCACCGGCCAGACCUAUGCCUGUAGAGCGCUGGGCUGAAAACGUCACCAGAUACUACAACUCUCAAAAUGCUUCGCAGCCAUGUGGCUCACCUUGUGAAGAAUUGUCUGAACUUGACUCACUCUACAGAGCCAGCUUGCGGGCUCCCAGCAAACCCAGAGGCUCUUGCGGGCCCAGUCCACUCCACACUGGAAGACAAGGUCCUGCUGCAGCACGCAGACUCGCGUCUGGACACUCAGGCUCAGUUGGUCGCUCCAAAACACCCACUGCUGAGAUUGAGAGGAGUGCCUAUAGGACACCAGAAUACAUCAGCACUCCUGCACACAGACCUGUUACGCCUACGGUGUGUGACGUACCAGUGUGUGAGGAUCAGGCGUACAGUGCUGAGAAUCUGCGUCGCAUAGCUCGCAGUCUGAGCAGUACAGUCAUCAGAGGACGAGCCGAAAACGUUGUUCCUUCUCGCAGCUUUGAUAUUCCUGCUUCAAGAAUUGCUAAGCAUGUGGACCCUCGAUUGAACCCACGCAACACCUCCCUGCAUGUUGCACCUGUUACCCACAAUCCUUCAGUUUUCACCCACCACCCUGAGCACCAGUAUCUGCACCCUCCUCAGAAGCAACCUCCACUUCUUACUCCGUCACAGCGACCCACUCGAGGACAUACAGGGUCUGCAGGAGAUGCCCAAAACAUGGACAGGUUUCUGGCUGUGCUUGACCGGGGUGAAGCUCUUUCCCACAGUAGCGCCCACAGUGUGGCGAUGAGCUACGGGACUCUUCCUCGGGCGCCACGAAGAUCAGCUCCUACUGUUUUGUCCGUGAAUCAGCCCAGAGUCGGACUAGCUGCUUGCCCCGAGGCCCGGAACUACAAAGAUCCUCGUUAUGCCACAAUGGCUCACUCAGGCCAUCCGAUGCCCGCUAACAGACCUCUGGAUGUUCCUCAGCGCCAACCUCAACGUGCCAGCCUACCCAGAAUUCCGCUGCCUGUUCCUGCUGCUCAUCCCAUGCGUAUGGAUAUGCCACCAGAUGGAGACUGGAGGACCGCCGCAUACAAAGCAUGUCAGCCGGACGGCCAGGGGUUCAAAAGCCGACGUGGAUCUCACGGGCAGCUUUGUUCCCUGUGCCAGCAGUCUCCGGCUGAGCCCAUGGGCACCUACUGCCAGGCCUGCAUUACCUACCGAAAUCGCUACAGGAAGGCCAACUAAAGCAACACUUCAUGGAAAUUCCAGCUUCAAGUACAUGAUCAUGUCCCAUUCGCAUGUAUAUGAUGAGGGAUGAGUGAAAAUGGAGGAGAGUCAUACACCAGCUCAUUUCUUUCUUUUACUUACUACAUUCAUCUCCUUCACUUUGCCCUGUAGGAUGAGUUUUACUUUUACACACUUUUGCUGAUGAAGAAUGGCCUCUAAAUGAUGGUGUGAUGCUUCACAUCUGCACUGUGCGUGUCAUGUUGGCUGAAGACUGUUUUACACACUGGAUUUAGACUUCUCAGUCGCAUUUUAUCGGCUUAACCCAUACGGGAAGACCUUAAUCCAUUCCUUGAAUGACCUGCCAGUUUGAUUGGUAUUUAACUACAGUGUUUUGGAAAGAGUGCAUUUUUUUAUGAGGAUGCGAAGCACAAAUUCAAGACAAGACAAAGCUUACUAUUUUUGGAUUACUGAACCAUAGGCCUGGAUUAUACAACUGACUCUUGCUCGUUUUAUUAUAGAUUUCUGAAUAUCUUCUUGCAUACUAGCUGAGUGAAGCAAAUUCGAAGAAAAUGUUUUAGAAACUUGUGAAAUGUGAGUGAAGUAAUGGCAGUGGCAUAAAAAUGUUGCUCUGUGAUGUGAAGCGAAAAGAGAACAUCGUUUCUGUUCUACUUUCAUGUCAUGUCAAGUGGCUCACUGAAAAGCACUCAUGACAUUAAAGUAGGAUUUCAGUAUAAAAAUACACAAACACUUGUCCUAUGAAUAAUUAUAUAACGAUUUUAAAGGCAUUAAAAAUCUGAAAUAUCAGUGUUAAACUUCUCAACAUGCCAGGUACAGCAGUUCAGAAGAAGACCUGCAGCUUUUUUUUGCUUAGCAUUAAUGCUGAUGAAGAGUCCGGUUCGGGUUUAUAAAAGAUAAAAUCUACCUGUUUUACUCUUGCAAAUUUAGCCAUCCUGCAUCUGCCAGGAAUUUUAUUUUAUUACAUAUUUUUGAUCUGCAACGUAACCGAAACCAAAACUGUGAAGUGAGCUGAGAAUUUUGCAUCAUUUAGAAAACCUAAUGCAUAAAGCAGUACCUUGAACACACGCCAAUUUACCCACAGCAGCAUCACAAUAUGCAGCUAUAUGAUGCUACUGAUUAUUUCAGUAUUUAAGAUUUAAUCAUUUAGCUUUAGACCAUUUACGCAAUCGCAUGUUCCAAAUAGCCUCAGUUAAAGCAGAGGUAGUAUUUAAAGCCCUCUGCUGCUUAAGACCUAGUCUUACCUGACUUCCUAUUGUCUCCAGUUGACCCCAUCCUCUUUGUUACAACAUAUAUCUUGUGAGUUGCCAUUGAAAUAAAACGGACAGAACCGAGCAGUUCUGGUUCUACCGCACCGGUAAAAUAAACAAAAGAACUAGCUCAAUCCUUUGUAAACAUAAUUGUUUGAAAGUAGAUUUGAAAUUAUAGGGCAGGAGACACCCUUAAAUAUCACAAACUGCACAUUUACACAUAUUUAGGAUUAUUAAGUACAAGCCUCAAACCGAGAGGUAUAUAUUUCUCACAUACAGAUAUAGUGUGUAUCUUAAUACGUGUUCCAGAAUACAUUUAAAAUAUAAUUUACAGCUGAUUAGAUUUGAUAUGACUUUGUGCAGUUUGGUUUUAACUGAAAAGUUGUGUUUACGUUCGAAAUGGCUAUAAAUAAAUUUCGUUUAGUUUUUAAUCAGUAAUAAAAAGGAGACUGAAUUAUAGACAUAUUGAUUCAUCAGUUUUUGCUCGACACAGUUUUGACUCGGUGUAGUGAAGCUUUUUAACAUGUGUGAUGGUCUGGGAAAUGCCAUCUGAUGUCACUGUGGCUGAAUUCUAGCAAACAACCAAAAGUAAUAGAAUUAUGUAUUAGUAAGUCAGAAGCUAAUUUAACAAAUAGAUUUGUGAAAAAAAGUUAGUCUAAUCAAAAUCUAAAACUUUACAUAGGUGUGAUUUCUUCACCCAGUGAAUGGCAAGAUUUAAACAACUUGCUGGAUAGUUAUCUGCUGAAUGGAAACAGACACGAGCCUAAAUCUUUCCCUAGUAGAGUAAUAGUUUAUUAGUAAUUAGUGUCAUAGACUCUGCUUCCUGUGGUCCCUGGUUCAGAUCUUGCUGUGUUCUUUUGAGGACACGGUAGCCUAGUGGUUUAGGAGUUGAAUUACUGAUCGAAAGAUUGUUAGUUUGAAUCCUAGGGCCACCAAGCUGCCACUUCUUGGCCCCUUAGCAACCUUACCCUAACCCUUAAUUGUUCAGUUAUAUAAAAUGGGAUAAUAAGUCGCUCUGGAUAAGGGUGUCUGCCUAAUGCUGUAAAAGUAAUCAGUUCAGUUUAAAAUCUCAUACUCGCCAUCAAAUUAUCAACGAUGUUGAAAUACAAUUAAUUUUCACUUUUAAUAUUAACCAGGUGUUAAUAUUGCCCUAACUUUCCUCAUACCUGCGAUAUGUCAUACUGUGGAGUGUUUUCCCAGGCCAUCACACAUGUUCUUGUAUCCGAUCCAGUAUUUCAUCUUGUCCCGUAUUAGAACGCACUGCACUUAACAGGCAAGUUGUGUUUGAUUUAGUGAGGCGUUACCUCUAAAUGAAUGCUUUAAAGUUUUUCGGUGAUGCUUAAAAACUGUGCAGCUUCAGUUGCUACAAAAUGUAUAUGCAAUGUCGCAAGGCCUGUGUUCCUAUAACUUAAUGCCGUAUACUAGCCUGAGUUGUGUGACUUUGCUUAACUAUGUUAACACUGAUUUAGUGCACUUCACAAGUGUUGAGUUAGAAAGUGUAACUCUGUUGUAACGUACAUUACCCAUAAUUAUGGGAUAUUUCAAUGUUUAUAUGUGUAACUACAUAAUCUAUAGAUCUAUAUCUUAAAUUUAGUCAUAUAUAGUUUUUUAUGCUGAUCUACAGAAUAUAUAUUUCAGUAUUUACAUGAAGUACUGACCUCGAAAAAGUGUAAUUCUACAUGUAUGUACAUUUAUAAGGCUGUGGAAAUAACUGGCACGUGGCUUCCUCGGUUUCGGUCCUCGCCGUCAGCAGGCCAUGAGAGCAGACAUACAAACUUUAUCAGCCUGGGCAUCCUGUUGGUUUUGGCAUCAAUUUUGGUUCAUUAUUAAAUAUGAACAGUAAUAAUGACCUUUUAUUUUUAGCCUUAGAGCUUUUUUUAUUACCAAAUCUUCCACUGACUGAACACAACUAACUUUUUGACUUUUAAUCUUGCUUGCUAUACAAAAAAAAAAAAAAUUGAAAAUUGUGUUGAACCUGCUUGCAUAAAGACUCGUGUAGGUUAGCAACCUGACUCGGUUAUAAUCCGAAUAAAACAUCUAUCGAGAAUUUUAUUUAGGAAGCGGUUUAGCAUUAGCUACAACGUUAUCCAGUUGUUAUUAUGGAUUAGCACUAAGACAAGGUGUGAUAUGCAGCUAAAGUGACAUGUUUAAAUGGUGUUAACGCUAGAAGAUCUUUAUAGCUUGGCUUUGUGUAAGUGGCUGAAUGAUGCUAAGUGAUGAUCAAGUCUGAGAUGGCUGGAUAUACUGUAUAUACAUAUCUCAUGGAAACUCUGAGAGUUUAUACUAGAGAAAAAUGAAUCUUUUUCUGAUAUUGAUGUUGUGGCACUGAAAGCCAUAGUGCUACCCAGCCAGAUGCUUUAAACUUAACAUCUAGCAUUUAGCUAGCUAGCAUUCGUUGUAAAAUUUAGAUGACUUACUUAUGUUUGUGUGAAGAAUAAUAAAUAAAUUAGGGAUGUUGGCUAAUUAGCAAGCUAAAUCUGUUAAACUAAUCAUAGUUAGCAAGCCAACUCCACCGAUACUGCGAACAUGGAGCUUCUCAGACCAGUUCUCUCUUUCACUGUUAUCACAACCUUCUUUUGUUUGUUUGGAAAGGUGUCCUCUGAUCGGAUAGUAUGUGAUCAAAAAAAUGUGUUUAUGAACACUUUUCUGAUUCUGACCCCCAACAGCACAAGAUGUCAAAUUAUAUGUCCCAUUUAAAAACUGCUGCAUUUCUCCUGCUCUGUUUUUGCAAUCAGGAAGCGUGGCUGACAUCAGUGACGUGUCUCACUCAGGGGUCUACUGAUGUUUGGAUUAUACACAAUUUAGUCAAUUGAUCAGCCAAACGGAUUACAAAUAAAGAACUUGAUAAUAAGUAUAAUAACUUUCAAAAUGGUGGCUUUUGAUUUUCACAAGAAAGAAAAAAGCUUCAUGAUCCUAACAUUGAAACCACUGAUUUACAGAAAUGUCUUUUAUGCAGGAUGUCUCAUGAAGGUGUAAAUGUGAAAAUGUUCUUUAAAAGGUGAACAGUCUGAGAAAAGUCGCUGAAUGCUGGAUUCUUUAUUCGUGAAAUUUGUAAUCUUUACUCCAACACCAGUAAAUGCAUUUACAUGUUUGUAAUGGUUUGAAAGCAUUAUGAAAUGAAAUGAAUUUUAAAAAGUCUAGUUUUUCCUCUGUUUAAAAAAAGAGUCUAAUUUUGUUGUUUAGAAGUGAGUAUUUUUGCAUUCUCUUGCUAUUUUAGACACUUUUAUUUUGUCUAAGGGUUAACAUGAAGUUUUGCCAGAUGUAUUGGAUACAGUACUGUAUGCAGUAGUCCGCUGUCUCUCGUUUUCUCUUUAUUUUUAUGGAAAUGAAGUAAAAGACAGCAAAAAAACAAGUGAACGAUGUAAAUACAUAUGUAUAUACAGAUACAGUCUUCAGUCUUGAACAUGGAGAUAAUUCUAGUUUGAAAUUUGUUUGUAAAUGCUGUGGUAGAAAAUGGACCUGGUAUUUUUGCAAUAAAGCGAUAUUGUGCUCUAGUGAGGAGCGAAACAGAAA